CUGGGUAUGAUUAUGAAUACUGUAGCUUAAAUAAGGUACAUACCUAGGAAUGCGAGUUCUUUUUUCCUUUUCUGUGAAUCCUACCUUCUCUUCGUUCCAUCUAAACACACAACUGCGAACAAGUGCAUCUAAGCUACCUUACUUACCUACCUACAUCUACUCGUCCCCCAUCACCAAAAUCCGCAAAAAAUGCCACCACGCGUACUCCUCCUCGGUGGGCAUGGCAAGGUCAGCCUGCUCAUGACGCCCAAACUGGUCUCUCGCUCUUGGAACGUGACGUCGGUGGUGCGGAACCCGGAACACAAGCGCGACAUUCUCGAGGCUGGGAAGAAUGGGCCCGGGAAGGUGGACGUGUUGGUUGCGUCUUUGGAGGAGGUGAAGUCGGACGCUGACGCGCAGAAGAUCUUGGAUCAGGUCAAACCUGACUGGGUGAUUUGGAGUGCUGGAGCGGGAGGUAAAGGAGGAUCCGGGAGGACAUAUGCCAUUGAUCGCGAUGCCUGUAUCCAUUUCAUCCGCAGCUCUCUCGCCACGCCCUCGAUCCGCAAAUUCCUCCUCGUCUCGGCGCUCCUGAUCCGGAGAGGCCGGCCCAGCUGGUGGGAUGACGAAUCCUACGCCUCGAUGCAGCAGAUCAAUACCGAGAUGAUGCCGCACUACUACAAAGCGAAGCUGGCGGCCGACGAGGCGCUGACGGUGCUCGGUGAAGAGCGCGUCAAGAAGGAGGGGAAGGAUAAGUUCUCAUAUAUAAUCUUGAGACCGGGAUGGUUGAGCGAUGAGAAGGAGUCGGGAAAGAUUGAAUUGGGGAGGACGAAUGCCAGGGAUAAGGUGAGUAGAGGGGAUGUGGCAGAGGUGGCGGUUAAGUUGUUGGAGACUGAGGGGGCGAAUGGCUGGUUUGAUUUGCUGAAUGGGAAUGAGCCUACUGAUCAAGCGGUGACUAGAGUCGUGAAGGAGGGCAUCAAUUCGAUGGAUGGUGAAGAUAUCAAUGUUAUGAAAGCCAACAUGGCGUAAAAGUAAGCUAUCAAAAGUAUAUAAUUUGAUUUUGUAAUCCUAGCUUCAAGCAUCAGGGAUGGUUGGUUUACCUGCAUACAUGAAAGCACUG